AUGGCUCGCGGCGUCGAAGGAAAUGAAAUGUCAACCCCUCGCGCCUCACAGAAGAAGCAGCCCGCUUCGGCAUCACAAUCCGCAAAGGGCCAAAAGUCAAUCCUCGGCUUCUUCCAGAAGAAGUCUACCAACUCACCCAGCCCCGCACCGUCCGAUGCCACACCAACCCAGAAGACUCCAAAGCCGACAAUUGCGAACAAGGCUUUUACCAAGUCGACUGCUUCCACCACUCCUGUCCCUAGUAGUGACGCCCCAGAUUACUCGAGUCCCAUCAAACAGGAGCGGGAACUUACAGCUAGAAAAUCAGUGAACUAUGCCGAAUCAGAUGACGACGAGGAUGAAGAUGACGUGCUGGGACCAAUUGCGAACAAUGCACGAGGCCGAGCUACAAAACGCCAGAGGGUAACAAUUGAGGAUGACUCUGAUGAUGAGUUUGGCUUAGACGCGGCCACGCAGAAGGCAAUGCUUGAAGAAGAGGAUGAGGAAGAUGACUUCAUCGUCCCAGACGACUCCGAGGAGGAACUUGCUUCAAAAAAGCGCAAACGGCCAUCGGCGUCCAAGGCACGCGCCAAAACCUCCCCGGCAUCUUCCCCGCCUAUAAUUGAGGAAAAGCACGACGAUGAGGAUGGCGAUGUUGCAAUGACGAGCACAUCGACAGCACAGCAAUGGAUAUACGACCCGGAAAACCCAAUGGUGUUCAAGCCCCGUGCGCCAGUGCAAGCGACCAAACGAGAUCCGAUCAAGAAGAUCAAGGAACGACCAUCGGCUUCUGAGCCCGAGACAAGACAUCCAUGGCUCGCUCAUCAGCAGGACGCCGACCGUCAUCCGAUCGACCAUCCCGAUUACGACCCACGCACCCUCUAUGUUCCCCCGCACGCCUUCGAAAAACUGUCGGCAUUCGAGAAGCAGUAUUGGGAGAUCAAGAGCAAGUGGUGGGACACUGUCGUCUUCUUCAAGAAGGGUAAAUUCUACGAGUUGUAUGAGAAGGAUGCUACAAUCGGUCACCAGCUCUUCGAUCUCAAGCUGACUGAUCGGGUCAAUAUGAGGAUGGUGGGAGUGCCAGAGGCAUCUUUGGACAUGUGGGCGACUCAAUUUGUAGCGGCCGGCUACAAAGUUGCACGAGUUGACCAAAUGGAAUCGGCUCUUGGCAAAGAGAUGCGCGAACGUGACGACAAGGGCAAGACUCCGAAGAAGGCAGCAGGCGGCAAGGAAAACAAGGUGAUUCGGCGUGAACUAGCUACCGUGCUCACAUCAGGAACACUGGUAGACACGGGCAUGCUGCAGAGCGAGAUGUCAACAUAUUGUAUGGCCAUCAAGGAAAUUGACCGGGACAAUUUGCCUGCCUUUGGUGUGGCAUUCGUCGACACUGCCACAGCACAGUUCCAGCUGUGUGAGUUCACUGACGAUGUCGACAUGACCAAGUUUGAAACCCUCAUUGCGCAAAUGAGACCAGGCGAGUUGUUACUGGAGAAGUCUUGCGUCUCUGCCAAAGUCCUGCGUAUACUCAAAAACAACACGCCGCCAACAACCAUUUGGAACUGGCUGAAGCCUAACAAGGAGUUCUGGCCUGCUGAUAUAGCGAUCCGGGAGCUUGAGGUGAACAAUUACUUCGAGUCGCCCACAGAGGACAAUAUUGAGGCGUGGCCGGCAGUUUUGCGUGAAGCGCGAGAGCAAGAGCUAGUAAUGUCUGCGUUUGGUGCCCUUCUACAGUACUUGCGCACGCUGAUGAUUGAGCGCGAUCUCGUUACACUUGGCAACUUCCAGUGGUACGAUCCGAUACGUAAAGCUACCAGCCUGGUGCUCGAUGGUCAAAGCCUGAUCAACCUGGAAAUCUUUGCCAACACUUUUGAUGGGUCGGCUGAGGGCACUUUGUUUGCCAUGCUUAAUCGUUGCAUUACGCCAUUUGGCAAACGUCUUCUUCGCCAGUGGGUAUGUCAUCCUCUCGCAGAUGCAGCAAAGAUCAAUGCCCGCCUGGAUGCAGUGGACGCACUGAAUGCCGACUCUUCCAUCAUGGAUAACUUCAGCUCGUCGCUCAGCAAGCUACCGGACCUUGAGCGCCUCAUUUCGCGUGUACAUGCGGGCCGAUGCAGAGCUCAGGACUUUCUCAAAGUACUAGAAGGCUUCGAGCAGAUUGAGUACACCAUCAGUCUAUUGAAGCAAUUUGGCGACGGAGAAGGUGUCAUCGGGCAACUUAUCUCGUCGAUGCCCGACCUUGGUACGUCGCUGGCCAAGUGGACCUCAGCCUUUGAUCGUAACAUUGCGCGAAAGGAAGGUCUAUUGAUCCCCGAGCCUGGCAUCGAGGAGGACUUUGAUAACAGUCAAGAACGAGUCGAGGCAUGUAAGGCUGAUCUGGACGUGCUGUUGAAGAAGGCACGAAAGGAGCUUGGCUCAAAUGCUGUCCAGUACAAUGACAUAGGCAAGGAGAUUUACCAACUCGAGGUACCCAAGAAAGUCAAGGUUCCCAACAGCUGGGAUCAAAUGUCGGCUACUGCCAAGGUCACACGAUACUACAGUCCUGAGCUACGAAAGCUUGUGCGAGCACUACAAGAAGCGCAGGAGACACAUGGACAGAUCACACGAGAGGUUGCUACUCGCUUCUGUCAGCGCUUUGACGAGGAUUACAAGGUCUGGCUGGCGGCUGUCAAGAUCAUUGCUCAGCUUGAUUGCUUGAUUAGUCUUGCAAAGGCCUCCGCUUCGCUAGGGGAGCCAAGCUGCCGUCCAGUAUUUGAGGAGGGCAAGCGUACCGUCGUCGAGUUCGAGGAGCUACGUCAUCCGUGUAUGCUCAAUACCGUCGCUGACUUUAUCCCCAAUGAUAUCCGACUCGGCGGAGACGGUGCAAACAUCAGCCUUUUGACUGGUGCCAACGCAGCCGGUAAAUCAACAAUCCUGCGUAUGACAUGCAUAGCAGUCAUUCUCGCACAAGUGGGUUGCUACCUGCCCUGCACGUCAGCGCGACUGACACCCGUCGACCGUAUCAUGUCGCGUCUGGGAGCGAAUGACAACAUCUUCGCCGCCCAAUCCACCUUCUUCGUCGAGCUCUCGGAGACGCAGAAGAUUCUCUCGGAAGCCACACCCCGUUCGCUCGUGAUUCUUGACGAGCUCGGCCGCGGAACAUCGUCUUACGAUGGUGUAGCCGUCGCACAGGCCGUGCUCCACGACAUCAGCACACGUGUAGGCUGCGUCGGCUUCUUUGCAACACACUACCGGUCGCUCGCCAAGGAAUUCGAGUUCCACCCGGAGGUGCAGAACAAGCGGAUGCGUAUUCACGUUGAUGACGAUUCAAAGUCCAUCACCUUCCUCUACAAGCUCGAGGAGGGCGUGGCAGAGGGCAGCUUCGGUAUGCACUGUGCGGCCAUGUGCGGAAUCCCGAAGAAGGUGAUUGAGAAUGCAGAGAAGGCAGCGAGGGAGUGGGAGCACACGAGUCGUCUGGGCGAGAGAAUGGAGGUCAACAAGGAUGAGGGGGGGGUGUAUGUGCCGCUGGGACUGCAGAGUGAUGUUGCGUGGGCUCUGAGAGAAGGAUUAGAUGGUGUGGGAGAAAGGGCGCUGGAUGUGCUACGUGAGGCUAUCGCUGCACUCUGA